AUUAAUGAUAAAAUAGAACUCUUGUAAACAUUAUUAGAGAAAUUGUGAUAAAAAAGCUCCUUGUUGUUAAAUCUAUUAUCCUUGCAGAUUAUGUCAUGAUCAAUAGUACAAAGGACCAAAAUCUGAUGGAUGUAAAGUAGAAACAAUGGAUAGAUUUAACGUUAUAGAAAUUCGUUGUCGAAAGUGUUUGAAAGAAUAAGCACCUUCAAAUGAAUGCAUUAAUUGUGGAAUUCAAUUUGCAAGAUACUAUUGCCAAAUUUGUAAAUUAUAUGAAGAUGAUUAAAAAAAGAACAUAUUUCAUUGUGAAAAAUGUAAAAUGUGUAGAUUGGGAAAAAAAGAAGAAUUUUUUCAUUGCGAAAUUUGUGAUGUUUGUUUGUCUCUUUCAAUAAAGCCUAGUCAUAUUUGCAUAGAAAAAGCAUUUGAAUAAAAUUGUGCUGUUUGUUAAGAUUAUCUAAAGAAUUCAACUUAAUUAGUCUAAUAAUUAACCAAUUGCCCUCAUUUCAUUCAUGUAAAAUGUUUAGAAAAUUCAAUCUGUAAAGGUUUACAGAAUUGCCCAAUUUGUAAUGUAGCAAUUUAUGUAAUUAUAUAUAUAUAAGUUUAGAAAAUGAGUAAAAAACAAAUUAAAUAUCUAGAUGAAAUGAAUGAGCUUAUGAAGUAAGAGCUUACUGAAGAAUAGUUAAAAUAAGUAGUAACUAUAAUAUGUUCUGAUUGCAAAGCCAAAAGUAAUAAUGUUUAAUUUAACAUUUAUUUAAAAUGUUAGAAUUGUGGUUCAUAUAAUACUCGGGAAUGA